AUGGUCAGCGCAGUGCAAAGACAAGAGGAGAAUGCUUCUAGUGUGGAAAACUUGGGCAUUAUCAACGAGACUGCUGGCACAAACCGCAAGGCAGCUACGGACGAGGAUCUCAAUACAGCCAGGGCAGAGGAGCACAAUCAAACCCCAGAGGACAUCGUGGUACACCGAGAGGCAGAGGCGCGUCGCAACGAGGUUACGGUCGCGGCAAAGGCCAAGGACAUCAGGCGGCAACAUCCACCAGCGAGCAGCACCAGGAGCUGUCUUCUGAGGCGUGGGCAACGCAAGUGGAUUAAUCGAACACUGUCUAACGAAGAAAUUGAGGACGAGCUUGAUAAUUCAUCUGAUAUGGAGGUGGAUCCUUACCAAGAUAGUGACGAUAGCAGUGACACAGAUUAUAAAGGCUCUGAUGCCUCCAUAUCUUCUGAAGUAGAUAGCACGGAUUCUUCAGAUGAUGAAGAUAUACAGAUGCAUGAAAAUGUACAAACGGUAAAUGAAGAUAGUGAUUACAACUCUGAAGAUAUAAAUUUCACUGAUACAGCUCCUGCACAAUCAACAAGCAAUAAUUUUUAUCCAGCACUUUUCGACAAACAACUAGGCCUCUGUAAUAAAACUAAAGCGCAUUUAGUUGUAAAGGCUAACUGUCAACCUGUUUUCCGUCCGAAGCGAGUCGUAGCUUACGCAAUUCAACACCUGGUUGAAGCAGAAUUACAAAGACUGCAAGAUCUAAACGUAAUUUCUCCAGUUAAUUACUCAAAUUGGGCUGCGCCAAUUGUGGUAAUAAAAAAGCCAAAUGGCAGCAUACGCCUAUGCGCUGACUUUUCGACAGGUCUAAACGAUGCUUUGGAAACUUAUCAAUAUCCUCUGCCUCUACCUGAAGACAUUUUCGCUAAACUUAACAAUGCCACAGUUUUCAGUCAUAUCGAUUUAUCUGACGCAUUUCUCCAAGUAGAAGUUGACGAUUCUUCCAAAGAGCUUCUCACAAUAAACACCCAUAUGGGUCUAUUCAGAUAUAAUCGCAUGGUAUUCGGCGUUAAGACAUUUCCAGCAAUUUUCCAACAGAUAAUGGACCAAAUGCUGGCAGGUUUAAACAACACGGCGGCAUACAUCGACGAUAUUUUUGUUUCGGGUAAGAACCAAGCAGACCACGACGCAAAUUUGCGCGAAGUCUUACUUCGUAUACAGCAAUACGGUUUCAAAUUAAAAGUAGACAAAUGUAAAUUUUCUUAUCACGAAAUGGCCUACUUAGGGUACGUUCUCAAUAAAGACGGCAUUAGUCCAGAUCCAAAGCACAUUGAUGCAAUCAAAUAUAUGCCAGAACCGACUAAUCAAUCAGAACUAAGAUCAUUUUUGGGUGCGAUAAAUUUUUAUGGGAAAUUUAUUAACCACAUGCGAGAUUUUCGAGGUCCCUUAGACGAGCUGCUACAAAAGAAUAAAACGUGGCGUUGGACAAACGUUCAGCAAACAUGUUUUGAUAGCCUAAAAGAUAUUUUAUCAUCAAAGCUUCUACUAACACACUAUGACCCAACAAAAGGUAUAAUAGUGGCAGCCGAUGCAUCUAACUAUGGUCUCGGAGCUUGUAUUUUCCAUGAAUUUGAAGACGGCUCAUUGAAAGCGAUUUGUCAUGCAUCAAGAUCGCUUACGCCAGCAGAAAAACAUUACAGCCAAAUAGAGAAAGAAGCACUGGCAAUUAUUUUUGCAGUUACAAAAUUUCACAGAAUGAUUUUUGGUCGAAAAUUUAAACUACAAACUGAUCACAAGCCUCUACUUGCCAUAUUCGGUAAUAAGGCGGGAAUCAGUGCACACCAAGCAAAUAGACUUCAGCGAUGGGCAGUUAAAUUGCUUGCAUACGAUUUCGAAUUAAAAUUUGUAUCAACAAAUAGUUUUGGUUACGCUGACGUUUUGUCACGCUUGAUAAGCAAUACACUCAACCCGUCAGAAGAUUAUGUUAUUGCAGCAAUUGAAUUUGAAUCUGAAAUAAAGCAAAUUUUAGAUGAAUCGAUUAACAAGCUGCCGAUUACAAGUAAAAUGGUCAGAUACGAAACAGCGAAGGACCUUAUACUUUCAAAUAUUGUUAGAUAUAUAACUGAAGGGUGGCCAAUCAAAUGUGACAAUAUUGACUACAAGCCGUACUUUAACCGGAAAGACAGCAUAAAUAUAGUCGAAGGUUGUUUAAUGUUCGGUCGACGAAUUAUAAUACCAACAAUUUUCCAAAGGCGUAUACUUAAAGAAAUUCAUCGUGGUCAUCCAGGAAUACAGUAUACUAAAGCCAUUGCGCGCAACUACGUGUAUUGGUCGAACAUCGACGCUGACAUUGAAAAUAUGGUCAAAACCUGUCCGAACUGCACCGCAGCGGCCAAAAUGCCAACGAAGACGACUUUACAUCCCUGGCCAAAGCCUUCCGGACCAUGGGAGCGACUUCAUAUUGCUUAUGCUGGUCCAAUUGAUUCGUAUUAUUAUCUUGUAGUUAUCGACGCGUAUUCAAAAUGGCCAGAAGUAAUUCGAACAAAAUCCAUCACAACAGCGCUAACGAUUUUUAGUUUGAAUGAAAUUUUUGCUAGAUUUGGAUUGCCGAAAACAAUAGUAUCUGAUAAUGGCACUCAAUUUACCAGUCACCAAUUCCAGCAAUUUGUAGCAGAGCACGGCAUUCAACACAUUCGCAGCAGUCCUUACCAUCCCAUGUCCAACGGUCAAGCUGAGAGGUUUGUGGAUACUUUCAAACGGGCACUAAAAAAGUUGAACGGGGAGGGGGUAUCUGCACAAAAUCUUAUAGUAUUUUUACAAGUUUACAGAUCCACACCAAAUAAGCAGAACGAAGAAAACAAAUCACCGGCCGAAGUGUUACUCGGAAGACAGAUACGACUAAAACUCGAUUUGCUUAAGCCAACUUUUUCUACUGAACCUGCAAUUUAUAGCGAUAAACAACUUAAAAUGAAAAAUCAGUUUAAUAGAAAGCACGGUGCUAAGCAAAAGCAUUACGAGAUCCAAGACGUUGUUUUUAUAAGCGUUCACAAAAGCAAAGACAGUUUCAAAUGGAUGAAAGGAACGGUAGCUGGACGCAUGGGGAAAGUUUUGUACAACAUACGAUUGCAGAAUGGUAAGAUUAUUCGAUGUCACGCGAAUCAAAUGCGAAAAUGUUUUGAAGGAAGCUCAUCAGUGAUGGAAAACGAAGCUGUAUGCAAUGACAAAAGACUGGCGGAAGCGUUUCAAUUAUAUGAAAUCGCACCACAGCAUGUUUUAAACUAUAAUCCUACACCAGCUAAUAAUCCAAACGAGGCGUUGGAACAGUUGGAACAGGUACCAUUACCAUCACAAUCUGAGAUUGGAACAACUAACAAUGGGCAGUCACGCGAUAAUGAUAUGCAAAGCAUGGGGACUGGAAACCAAACCACAUCAGUGCAACCUUAUGUACGACCGCAGCGUAUUCGUAAGCCAGUAGACCGUUUUAAACCAACUUGA